AUGGGCAAGCUUAAAUACUUUCUAGGUAUCGAGGUUGCUCGCAACAACGAAGGAAUAUUCAUUUUUCAGCGCAAGUACGCCUUAGAUAUCAUUACUGAAGCUGGUUUGCUGGGCGCUAAGGCGGCCUCUGUUCCCAUUGCCCUCAAUCAUAAACUUGCUGUACAAGUCUGUCCUAACUUCGCUAAACCAGAGGCCUAUAGACGUUUGGUAGGUCGGCUCAUCUACCUAUCAUUUACCCGGCCUGACCUCAGCUAUGCAGUGCACAUCCUUUCACAGUUCAUGCAACAUCCUCUUCAAAUUCAUUGGGAAGCCGCACUUCAAACGGUUCGUUAUCUUAAAGGUUCUCCGUCUCAGGGCAUUCUUCUUCGCUCAGAUUCUGAUCUACACGUCACUGUCUACUGUGACUCUGACUGGAACGCUUGUCCUCUUACUCGUCGCUCUUUGAGUGCAUACAUUGUCCUCCUUGGCUCAUCUCCGAUAUCUUGGAAGACAAAGAAACAAGACACAGUUUCCAUGUCUUCGGCUGAAGCCGAGUACCGGUCCAUGUCUUAUGCUUUAAAAGAACUUAAGUGGCUUAAGAAGUUGCUUCUCGCGUUUGAUAUCAAGCACGACACCCCAAUGCGAUUGUUUUGUGAUAGCAAGGCCGCGAUAUACAUAGCGGCGAACCCUGUCUUUCACGAGCAUACUAAGCAUGUUGAGUCUGACUGUCAUGCCGUUCGCGAUGCGGUUCAGGCCAACUUGAUCUCUACAGAACACAUUUCGACUAAGGAGCAACCAGCGGACAUACUUACCAAGCCCUUGCCUUCUACUACAUUUCGCUAUCUACUGUCCAAGUUGGAGAUUCAAGAUCUUUCACCUCCAACUUGA